CUCUUGUGAGGGCAGGGUCCCGUCUUCGCCGUAUGUUUUUCUUUAGUUACGCCACUGCCAUGAAUACGUGUUCCGAGUUUCGGGCAUGGCAUCCGCCGUGGCCAAUCAGGCCAAUCUCACCAGUCAAAUUCUUGUUGCAUCGAUCGAUCGCCACCCCCGUCUCCUUCCGAUCCCCUUUCACCAACGCGCUUCCCUCCCCCUGUUUCCUCCCGUUAUAAAAGGGGCAGCUCCGUGCGCCACACUCCCUCACCACCUCACCACUUGCCUCUUCCCCGAGCAACGACGACGCAUUCCUGCCUCCAGUUCUGCAGCACCGUACAGUCAAGUUCUUGGCCUAACAAAGUUAGCUCGAGAGAGGAAGUUUCCUUCGGCGAGCUAGGAAGUGCGAGAGAGAUGGAGAUGAGCGGCGGCGGCGGCCGAGUGGUGGUGGAGCUGAGCCAAAUCAAGGACCUGGUGAGGCAGCUGGAGGGGCACCUGGGAGGCUCGCAGACGCAGGAGCAUUGCAGGCUCCUGGCCUCGCAGAUCUCCUCCCUCACCGAGCACUCCAUCAGCCUGAUCACCUCCUAUUGCAGCCUCGACGGCGGCUGGAAGCGGCCGGCGGCAGAUGCGGCGGCGCCAAGCCCGCUCAGCGACGCCUCCGACGCGCCCUUCAAGGCCACCAAGAAGAGGAAGAUGACGGAGAAGUUGAAGGAGAGGGUGAGCUCGGCCGCAGGCAGCGACGUCCCGGCCGACGACGGCCACAGCUGGAGGAAGUACGGCCAGAAGGAGAUCCUUGGAGCCAAGCACCCAAGGGGCUACUACCGCUGCACGCACCGCCACUCCCAGGGAUGCGCGGCGACGAAGCAGGUGCAGCGCGCUGACGAGGACCCGGCGCUCUUCGACGUCUUCUACAUCGGCACGCACACCUGCGUCCAGAGCGGGGGGGCGGCGGCGGCGGCAGGCCAGGCCGCCGCGGCCGCGCAGGCGCCGGAGCACAACCCGGGCGUCCACACCCUGCUGCAGAGCCUGAGCUCCAGCCUGACGGUGAAGACCGAGGGGCUGAUCGCGGCGCCGGAUCAGGAGGCGCCGCAGGGCUGGGCCGCCACCGCGCCCUUCUGCCUCUCCUCGACGGCGGCGAGCGGGUGGUGCCCGGCGCCGGAGCGCAGCCCGUUCUGCGCGCCGUCGACGUCCGAGAACUGGGGCGCGGCGCCGGCGACCUCGGACUCCAACCAGCACGCCUCCUGCUCCUUCCCGCCCUUCGAGCUCAUCGCCGGCGACGUGCAGUUCGAGUUCAGCGAAGUGAUGUCCGCGCUCGUCGACGUCCCCAGCGAGUUCCACGACGACUUCGACGUCGCGAGCUUCUUCUCGUGAUCCGCGGGCAGGAGGAAAGAUUCUUUGUUCUUACCAGACCAGACGCACCUGAUGACCACCCCCUCUGUGAUGCUCUGGCGUUCGGUCAGGGGCAGGGGAGGGAAGAAUACAAAGCUCUUCCUUGGUCACUGCCAUCCUAAACCUUACAAUUAGGAUAUUUGAGGAUAGUGAAUGAACGCCCUCCUCUGUUUUUUUUUCUUAGCUAAGGGUUUUGUAAAGUAGACGAUUUCGUAACGGAGAUGUUAGUUAACUCGACAGGCAUGUGAAAGUUUCUCGUGAA